AAUUUCAAUAAGGGGAAAAAUGUCUUCACUCCGUUCAGAUCCGGUUCACAGAAUCCAUCCCGAACCGAUCGAUCACCUCGACCGUCUCCCGGACUCUAUACUCCUCUUAGUCUUCAACAAUAUCGGCGACGUUAAAGCUCUCUGCCGAUGCUGCGUCGUUUCGCGCCGUUUCCAUUCCCUCAUCCCGCAAGUCGAAAACGUCGUCGUUCAUGUGGAUUGCGUCAUAUCCGACGACGAUUGUUCCCCCUCUUCCUCCUCCUACGACAAGUCACGCUCCGCCGGUCCGAUUUCUAGCCUCUUCCAGUUGCUUUUAGGGGGCAUUGUCAAGCCCUUCCAAACUUUGGUUCAAAUUCUCGGUCCGAAACGGUCCGCUAUCAAUGAAGCCCUUAACACCCGUUCUUCUUCUUCUUCUUCUCCCUUAUCUGUUGGUCCUGUUGAUCCCGGUGCUGAUGUUAGUGAAGGGGAAAUGGAGCAAGGUGGGGUGACGCAUCAUUCUCCGACCCAAGUACUUAGAAAUUUCAAAGAGAUUCGUUUCCUCCGGAUCGAAUUACCCAGCGGCGAGUUGGGUUUCGAUGAUGGGAUUCUAUUGAGAUGGAGAGCCGAUUUCGGGUCAAGCCUUGAUAACUGCGUCAUCCUCGGAGCUUCUUCUGUUGAUAAGAAUGUUAAUUUGCACGUAACGGAGUGUGGGAACGGAGGAUUUUGUCCAAAUAAUAGCAUUGCCAACGUUGAUGAUAAUGGGAGUAUUCCCGAGUCGUUUUAUACCAACGGAGGCUUGAAAUUAAGGGUCGUCUGGACGAUUAGCUCGUUGAUCGCGGCAUCGGCGAGGCAUUAUUUGCUUCAACAGAUAAUCGCAGAGCAUAAGAUGCUUGACAGCUUGGUUUUAACCGAUGCGGAUGGACAAGGGGUGCUUUGUAUGAACAGAGACCAGCUUGAGGAGUUGAGAGUGAAGCCAUUGUCUGCUUCUUCUGUUUCGAAAAGGACGCUCGUGCCGGCUCUGAAUAUGAGCCUUUGGUAUGCUCCUCAGUUAGAAUUGCCUGAUGGGGUUGGUUUGAAAGGUGCCACUUUGGUUGCUAUUAGACCAAGUGAAAUGUCUGCUUCAAAGAAAGAAAUUCCUGAUGCUUCUUGGUGUUCAACUGCUUUUGAAGGGCCUUAUGGAACUGCAGCUAAGAUGCUUGUUAAGAGAAGGACUUACUGUUUGGAGAUGAACUCGUUCUGAUGUCUUCUUCCUUAUCUUUGAAGGGAGAGAUGUCGAGCUCAUUGAUCAAGGGGGAAGAAAGGAUAGCAUACGUUUUGGAUCGAACAACAAUUUUGUAAUGUGUUGGAGCUUAAUCUCAGGGCAGUGUCUUGCGAAGCUAAACCCUGCUUUGGACCACCAUUGAAAGCAAUCCAUGCGCGUUGAUAAUGCACACUGGCAAGUUUUUCGGCUUUCGUGCUUCAACUGAUUGACAAAAUGCAUCUGCUGGUUGUUUUUUAUUUCAGGCAUAUGCUUGUAAGAGUGCACAUUUGCGACUGGAUCGAUGGUGAAAGAGCAUUGAGGUUUUUUAGUCCUUUACUUUUUUUUUAUCUAUAAUCCCUCUAUAUGUGAAUAUUGUAGGUUUGAAGAUGUCAUGUUUUAUGUUACAUAUACUUAUGAAGUUAAUCAAGGAUUGUAGUUUGCAGUCUGCACCU